CGGCUGAUUUUAAGACAGUCGUACUCAUUUAUAUCUUCUACUUGUUUGUAUAAACGAGAGCUACCAGCCUUUUUUGAUUUGGCUUUGAUUUGAUGUUUCUUCACGGUGGGAAAUAUUGAAGAAAAUUAGCUCCCAACUACGCUAUGGGAUGUUUAGCAAGAUGAAAACGCGGGUAUUAAUAUGUAAUCAACAGAAAGCGUAUUAAAGCGCAGAAUAACAACUGUUACCGUCGUGUAAAUGGAAGUUUUUGUUUCUGUUGGUAAAAUGAACGCUCUUACACGAAAGACCGUGAAGGCAGCAGAGUGGGAGGGAGCCUGACCAACAAUUUUAAACGAGCGAUCCAAAGAGUUCCGCUGGAGACGCCUUGAAACACGGGACAUACCACCGGCAAGCUGCUGCCAUGUUUCUGCAAAAAAUUCUGCUUUAUUUGUCGACAGCAUGCAUGUUUUGCUACAUGUUGGGACUGUUUCUCAUGCUGGCGAUAUUGCAGUUUUUCUCACCAAGCCUUGCGAAGAAGUUCAUACUUCGCAUGGGUGAAAAGAUCACCAUGACCCAGAAUCCCAGGUUUAACUAUGAGGAUUGGGGUCUGACAUUUAUGUCCUUGGCAUUUAUUAAAACCGCUUCUUUUCACAUGUGGCUGUCUCUCGGAGAAGAGGCGUUUGUGGGAGGAGAAGCUCCAGACUCACCUGUGGUCACUAUGGACCGCGAGAAAACCAGCAUCUCCAAGUAUUUAAAAGGCAACAGAGCGCUUGUGCUGAGUUUUGGAAGUUGCACCUGACCCCCGUUUAUGUACAAACUUGAUGAGUUCAAGCAACUCGUCAAGGACUUCAGCGAUGUAGCCGACUUUCUUGUGAUCUACAUCGCAGAGGCUCAUUCGACAGAUGGUUGGGCCUUUAAGAACAACUAUGACAUCAACCAGCACCAGAGCCUGGAGGACAGGCUGUCUGCGGCACAGGUCCUGGUUCAGAGUGAACCCCUGUGUCCUGUGGUUGUGGAUGAAAUGACUGACGUCACCACCAUAAAAUACGGAGCUCUGCCUGAGAGGCUUUACAUUCUGCAGGCUGGGAAAGUGCUCUACAAGGGAGGGAAAGGGCCUUGGGGCUACAACCCAGCGGAGGUGCGAUCCUUCUUGGAGAAGAUAAAAUAAGAAACUCUGCGCUUAUAUGAAUAAAGGUUUCUUCUUAUUAAGGGGUGGGUUUUAUCUACAUUCUAACCAGUAUACAUUACUUAUAUAGGUGGGGGGUUUUACAAUCAGGCUCUCAUGUUGUCUUAAAAAAAGAUAUCAGCCUCUGAGCUUGAACUCUCCUCUCAGUGUUAAUUAAUGACGGCUGCAGAUUAAACUUUGGACUCUGGAGCCAGAUGCAUUCAAACACAGGGAGACAGUCCACUCAGCGGUUGUGAUAAAACGGCGCAUACAGGAGAUGUAAUUUGUGUGAGCGUGCAUGUGUUUUUUGUCCAUAUUCUCUUUUUGGUUGCGUGGUGGGUUUAUUAUGGCGCAGGUUUGUCUGCAUUGUAACUGUAAUUCCACUACAUCAGCAUGUAGUCCUACUGUCAGUCGUUCACAUUAAUCACAAAAGGUGUAGAAAUGGUGUGUAACCUUUCUGUAGUCUUAAACGACAUGUCAGCCUCUGAGCUUGCAACCCCCUCUCUGUGUUUCUUAGUGACGGCUACAGAUUAAACCUCUGGUCUCUGGAGCCAGAUGCAUUGAAACGCAGGGAGACGGCCAACCUCAGUCAUGUCAUGUUCGUUGUAUCACAGACUACACAGCAGAUGUAGUUUGUUUCCAUAUGUGUUUUGCUUAUGUUGCCUGGCUUCUUCAGUUAAACUCCCUGAAGAUUUAAGGCACUGAAAGUUUUCCCAUUUUCAGUGUCAGUUAUCAAGUGCACACUUAUGAAUUCUCCACAGUUUCAACAGCUGGCUACUAUUUACAUGACAAUGCCAGUCAAAACCUCUUCUAGCUGGAAGUCUUUGAACUACGUAGGUUAAUUUAUUAUUGGACACUUAUUGAUUUGAAUAUUCUUGGAUGUGAAGUCAUCCGGUAGCACCUCAACAUAAGAGUACUCACUUUGUCAAAGUCAUAAAAACAGACAUGCAGCAGCACCGUAUGCUAGCCACUUUGUGUUUGUCACUGUGACUCACGCUUGACCCAUUAAAAGAGAAUAUGAUUGUUGCAAAGCUCGAAUUCUCCAUUAUUACAAAAAAAUGCUUUCAGAGUUUUAAUACCAACAAAGAGCAGAUUUCUCCCACAUGAGAAUCUGCCUGUUGUUUGCUGUCUUGUCUGGAAAUGAUAAACCUUCUGCACUGUGUGUGGAUUGUAAAGUUCAGAUUCCUUAAUAUCUAACUGUGUUAUCUGCACAUCAGAUGAUUUUGGCACCCAGUGUCCAUGUUACAUAAUUUAAUCUAAUGAGGGUUCUUAUCUUGGUGUAGUUGGUGAAAGGGCACAAGAUAGCUUUCAAGUAUUUUGAUAAAAUUUUGUAUUGGAGAAAAGAAUCUGAUUUUAAUUUCGAUCCAAGCAUUAAUAAUUUGUAGUUUGACUUCUUUUAGUUGCCAGAAUACUUUGUGUUGUCUCAUAAACACUAGUGCUAAUGUGAGACUUGUGGCAAUAAUAAAAGCAAAACUGAAAUGAAA